AUGUUAUUACCGAGGGUCAGCUCAAGGGCAUUAGCUAAAACGCCUCUGAGAUCACCAUGCUUGGCCCGUUGGAAUAGCACAACCUCUAGUACCACGGAUAUUUAUAAGAAAUACGCAGAUACAUUAGCGUUACCAAGUUCAACAUUCAAAUCUAUAGCCUCUGCCGAGGAUAUCGAACGCUAUAUCCAAGAAACUGGCCAGGAUCUGUAUCAAUGGCAGCGCGAGAAUCUAUCCAAGAAUGGUGAAAAAGAAGUUGUAUUUCAUGACGGUCCUCCUUAUGCCAAUGGAGAUUUACAUUUAGGACAUGCCCUGAAUAAAAUAUUGAAAGACAUUAUCAACAGAUAUCAUGUUGUGAAGGGCCAAAAAGUCAGUUAUAUUCCAGGUUGGGAUUGUCAUGGUCUACCAAAUGAACUGGCUGCUCUAGAAAAGGCUAAAAAGAAACAUGGAUCAAAAGCGGUACAAUCUUUUACUGUUCAAAAGAAGAGAGAAUUGGCCUAUGAACAUGCCAUGACAAUGUCUCUUAAACAAAAAGAGGCAUUUGAAGGAUUUGCGGUUAUGGCUGAUUGGAAACAAGAGGGUGAGAAAAGCAUAUAUCGUACCUUGACGACUGAUUACGUUUUGCGUCAAUUGGUGGUAUUUAAAAAUAUGGUAGAAAAGGGCCUUAUUUCAAGACAAGAAAGGCCAGUCUAUUGGUCAGUGGAAUCCGGUACUGCUCUGGCAGAGUCCGAACUUCAAUAUGGAGAACAUAAGACGCAAACCGUAGUCGUAAGGUAUCCCUUGGUUAGAGUUGGCGAUGAGCUUAGCAAAAUGCUGUCGUCAGCAGGGUUGUCGGUUGCUGAGUUAUCAGUUGCCAUUUGGACCACAACUCCUUGGACGUUGGUAGCUAAUCGAGCAGUUGCUAUUCAUCCUGAGAUUGAAUACGGUAUAGUAAGCACCCCUACACAUGGAUAUAUUAUUACUGCUGUUUCGAGAUAUGAUGAAAUACCCGAUCAUACACCAACAGGCAUUACUUUCCCAGGUUCCGCCCUUCUUGGCGCCAAAUACGACUGCCCUAUUCGCGGUGAGUCUAAUUUUCCGAUUCUUCCAGCCACUUAUGUUACCUCCACGAGUGGUACGGGUCUCGUUCACAGUGCCCCAGGUCACGGCAAGGAGGAUUACUUAAUGUGCAAGGAGUAUAAAAUAUUGCCCUAUUCACCAAUUGAUAACUACGGAAGAUACACGAUGGACUUGGCGGCCCCUCUUAAACCCCUUUUGACAGGUUUGAAUGCUCGGAAAGAGGGUCAGAAAGUUGUCCUUGAGCUUCUAGAAAAUGCCAAUCUUUUAGUAUCUACUUCGACUAUUCAGCAUAAUAUUCCAUUUGAUUGGAGAAGUAAGACACCUGUGAUGGUCAGGUCUACACCGCAAUUUUUUGCCGAUGUUGGAAGCAUAAAAGAACAAGCCUUGGAGUCAUUGAAUCAAGUCAAGUUUUAUCCCGAGAGUGGCAAAAAUAGACUAACUGCAUUUACCGUUUCAAGAUCUGAAUGGUGCAUUUCUCGUCAACGAGUUUGGGGUGUACCCAUACCAGUUUUGUAUCAUAAGACGACUGGCGAGACACUUAUGAACAGUGAAACGAUUGAGCAUAUCAUUAAAACAAUUGAAAGCGAUGGCGACAAGGGUCUUUCGAAUUGGUUUGAUAAUGACGAUACCAAUAUGACUCGCUGGCUGCCGGCACAGUACGCAUCGGAUGCUAAUUCUUAUAGAAGAGGUACAGAAACCAUGGAUGUUUGGUUUGACAGUGGCACAAGGUAA